AACAAAAAUGAGAGAGCUUUAAGAGACCAGAGAUCAAGAACCUUUCCAAAAGAGAAGUCGAGCAGCUCUGCCGUAGAGCAUCAUCCUUGGGAAUAACAAGUUGAGACCCUUAGUUGCAUCAUACAGACAAACAAAACGUCGCCGGAACAAGGGAAGACAAAGAGUUGUUUUGUCGAAAAAGAUGUUGAAUUAUGAAUGGGGAAACCCCACAGCGAUAAUAUUAUCAGGUGAAGAGCCUAACCAGGAAGCCGAGCCAGAUGGUCAUAUUUUCGAUCACUAUGUUACCAACGCGGCGACCCAGCAGCAAUCUUUCAACGAAACUCUCCUUUCCCACCAGCACAACGCUGUUUUCGCUCACCAAAACCCUUUCCAUAACCCUAACCAAGAUCAAACUCAUUCCCAACCCCACGCCUAUCUACACUCCCUGUACGACCCACGCACCUACUCCGGCACGUCUGUUUACUCAACACCCCACUCUUCUUUGCUCUCCCUGGAUCCUGUUUCCGGUACCGGAGGAGGCGGUUACUUUCUGGUUCCUAAGACUGAGCAAGUGUCCAGAGAUGUUGACUUUACAGCAAGGAUUGGUCUCAACUUAGGUGGCCGUACGUAUUUUUCCUCUGCUGAGGAUGACUUUGUGAACCGGCUUUAUCGCAGUCGCAGGUCUAGACCGGGAGAUCCCAGUUCAACCAACUCCCCUAGAUGUCAAGCCGAGGGUUGCAAUGCCGAUCUUAGCAACGCUAAGCACUAUCAUCGCCGACAUAAAGUUUGCGAGUUCCAUUCAAAGGCCUCCACUGUCAUCGCCGCCGGCUUGACUCAACGAUUCUGCCAGCAGUGCAGCAGAUUCCAUCUUCUAUCAGAGUUCGACAACGGAAAACGUAGCUGUCGGAAGAGAUUAGCCGAUCAUAAUCGUAGAAGGCGAAAAUCUCAACAACAGCACCACCAUCCCAAUAAUCAAGAAAAGCAGGUGAAGCUUGAAAAUGGGCGCCAUUCCUCCUCUGAUAACCACCAAAGGUCACCACCACCGCCGGAUUCUAGAGUUCAGUCUUCCUCAUCGGUAACAGUGGCAGUUUCUCCGCCGCGAAUGUCAUUGGAUUAUUUCAGGCAAAGAUCAUAUAGUGCAAUGGCAUCUUCGUCAUCAUCACCAAGCACGUUUUUUUUCUCAAGUGGGUGAUUAGGACUGAGAAUAAGUGAGAUUCCAUUGAACUUACAAUGGAGAUUUGAAAGAAGUCAAAGAAUUUGCCUUGUGAAUAACAAGUUGAAUUUCCCUAGUGUUGUUAACUUCUUUCCCCCCCCUGAAAUUUCAAAAUUUCAUGUCAAGAAUAUCAGUUGGUGUUUGAUUAUACUAUAAGCAUCAACGACUUGGACCAAUGGAGCAUGUAAUACAUAUUAUAUAUAUUCCUAAAUUUCAAAUACAUUAUAUGUAACUGAAAUUGCAAUUUGCAGUGUUGAUGU